GUGACUUGGACUAUGCUAUACAUUUAUUCUCAAAGUGGUUACUGAAAAUGGCGGUGGUUCCGGCAAUGCUGAAAGGGUUGGGCAAUAUGAUCACUGGGGGCGAACGUGAGAGGGCGCCCCCGGCUGAAAUGCCCUCGUCUGUGGACAUCCAGUUCACAGAUCUCACCCUUACUGUCACUGAAGGGUUCCGGAAGAAAAGCACGAAGACUAUCCUGAAGAACAUCUCCGGGCUGUUCCGGUCCGGGCAGCUGACGGCCAUCAUGGGACCCUCCGGCGCCGGCAAGUCGUCUCUGAUGAACGCGCUCACUGGCUUCUCCACGACAGGCGUGACGGGCAUGAUCAGGGCGGGCAACAGUGUCUGCCAGUUGGAAACACAUCAGCGGUCACUGCGCGCACUAAAAGACUACCGGAGCAAGUCAGCGUACAUCCUUCAGGAUGACCGCAUCAGCCCGCUGUUCACAGUCGAGGAGCUGAUGAAGUUUGCGGCCGACAUGAAACUGGGCAACAUGACCGACAAACUGAAGCUGACUGUGAUAAGCGAAGUGCUGGAAGACCUGGGUUUGUCUGGCACGGAGAAGACGCGGUGCGGUAACCUGUCAGGCGGGCAGCGGAAACGGCUAUCCAUAGCGCUGGAACUACUGGAUAACCCUCCAGUACUGUUCCUGGAUGAACCCACCACCGGACUGGACAGUGUGACGUCAGCACAGUGUAUAGAAAUGCUAAAGAACUUGGCGCGUUCAGGCCGAACCGUCGUAUGCACCAUCCACCAGCCUACUGCCUCUAUAUACUCGCUAUUUGAUCAGGUAUAUAUCUUGGCGGACGGUAUGUGCGUAUACCACGGCGCGAGCGAAAACACCGUGCCGUACCUCGCCAGCGUUGGUCUCCAGUGCCCGAAAUACCACAACCCCGCCGACUACAUGCUAGAAAUAGCGAACGGCGAAUACGGCAGCUUCAACGAGCUAUUAGCAGUGGAAUGCAACAAGAUGGACUGGACACGAGCGCUAACGCCGACGCCGAGCAAAGCCGACCAGCUGUGCAAGACCGCCAUCUCUGCUGCGGUCAAACCCCCGCCCGAGUGGUACAGAUUGGGCGUACUGUUUCGGCGGUGUUUCAUACAACAAUAUAGAGACUGGACGGUGACCCACCUAAAAGUAUUGUUACACAUCAUGGUAGGCGUGUUACUGGGAUUUCUCUUCGAUGGGUCAGGGAACGACGGCGCCAAGACCUUCUCGAACCUUGGCUACCUGAUGAUAUCCCUCGUCUACCUGAUGUACACGUCGCUUAUGCCCGGGAUAUUGAAGUUUCCCGCCGAGCUGUCGAUCAUAAAGAAAGAAACGUUCAACAAUUGGUACCAGCUGAAGACUUAUUACGUGGCGCUGCUGUUUACUGGCGUCCCAAUUCAGAUCUGGUACUCGUUCGUAUACUCGGCGCCAUCGUACUUCUUAACGGAGCAACCGCAGGAUCUGUCGCGGUUCGCCAUGUUCGUGAUGGUGCUGUCCCUCACCACGCUACUAGCAGACGCGCUUGGCAAUCUGAUUGGGACCUUCCUCAACCCGAUCAACGGCACCUUCUGCGGCGCCAUCUACUCGUGCACGAUGCUGGUGCUGGCCGGCUACCUGGUGCUGCUGUCGCACAUGUCCUGGUUCAUGCGGCUCCUGUCCAACACGUCCUUCAUGCGCUUCGCCUUCGAGGCCAUCGUCUUGUGUAUCUACUCGUUCAACCGCCAGUCGCUGCCCUGCCCUGAAUAUCAAGACUACUGCCAUAUGAAACACCCAAAGAAAGUGAUCGAGCUGUUCAGCUACAAGCCAGACAACUUCUGGCUGGACGUCGUCUUGCUGUUCCUGACUAUUGUGUUCUUUAGAGUGGUGGCUUAUCUCAGUCUACGCCGGAGCCUCAAAAGAGCCUGUUAA